UCGUUGUCGCCGUGCUCCGAGCCCGAGCCCGGCGAGCCAGGUGGCUGCUGCCUGUCCCCCUGUCCCCGCAGGCAUGAAACGCCCGCUGAGCCCUGGCCCCCCGGGUGAGAGACAGCCCCCUGAGUCCGGAGCUGCCGAGUGCCCCCCACGGCCCCCAGAGGCCCCGAAGGCCAAGCGGGAGCGGAAGCAGCCAUCGUACACGCUGUGUGCUGUGUGCAACAUCCAGCUCAACUCGGAGGCCCAGGCUCAGGUGCACUGCGGGGGGCGAGCACACCAGCGGCGGCUGCGCCAGCUGCGCCUGGGCCCUGGGCCCUCGGAACCAGCAGGCCUGGCCUCCAGCGCCCCCAGCCCGCUGCUGGCCCCCCUGGCCCCGCCUGCCUGGCCUCUGCAGCUCUCACUGGACGUCAAGCACUUGCUGGCCUUCCACCUCCAUGGCACCGCCCCGCCCAGCCUCUUUCCCAACUUCAGCACGAUGGACCCGGUGCAGAAAGCUGUCAUCAGCCACACGUUUGGGGUCCCCACCCCGCCGAAGAAGAAGCUGUUCAUUUCCUGUAACAUCUGUCACCUGAGGUUCAACUCGGCGAACCAGGCUGAGGCCCACUACAAAGGCCACAAACACGCCCGGAAACUCAAGGCCGUCGAAGCUGCCAAGAGCAAGCAGAGGCCACAGACGCUGGCCCGGGACGGGGCAGCCGUGUCCCCAACCCCGGGCCCUGCCAGUGCCCGAGGGGACCCCGGAGAGCCGAGGGGCAAAGAAACCCCUGCAGCCCCUCCCCUCGGCCCUUCACACCAGCCACCGCUGAACCUGGAGCCCCCACCUCGGAAGCCGGGCCACAAGGACCUGCUGGACACUACCUCCUGCUGCCCGCCCUGCUCCCCAGAGCUGGCCAGGGAGGCACCAGGGCCUGAGCCUGGGGCGGCGGCAGCUGCGGGGGGCGGCAGGAGUGGGGAAGGCAGGCGAGAGAAGGGGCGCCUCUACUGCCCCACUUGCAAGGUAGCCGUGAACUCGACCUCUCAGCUGCAGGCCCACAACACAGGGGCCAGGCACCGGUGGAUGGUGGAGGGUCAGCAGGGGGCUCCUCGCAGGGGCCGGGGCCACGCAGUGUCCCAGGGAGGAGCCGGACACAAGGACGGCAGAGUAGCCGAGGUCCGGGGCGGCCGGCAGGGGCCCAGGCCACCUUUCCAGUGUGCACUGUGUCAGCUGCAGGUCAACUCGGAGACGCAGCUCAAGCAGCACAUGAGCAGCCGGAGGCACAAAGAUCGCCUGGCUGGGAAGCCCCCCAAGCCCCCCAAGCCCCCCAGCUUGCAUAGCAAGCUGCAGAAGCAGGCAGCGCUGGCUGUGAGUGUCCUCAAGUCUAAACUAGCCCUGCAGAAGCAGCUCACCAGGACGCUGGCCGCCCGACUCCUGCCCAGCCCGCUGCCCGCCACCUCUGCCCCCAUCUGCGCCCUGCCGGGGCCCCUGGCCCUCUUCCCCGCGCCGCUCCUGAGCCCAACUCUGUUCCGCGCUGCGGGAGGCAUUCGCCCUGCCCUGGGACCCAUGGUCUUCGCGCCCUAUUAGGCUUCCCCAAGGCUGGCGGACUCCCGACCCGGAGCAGCCGGGCUGGUUCUGGGGCAUCUUCAGUUGCUCUGAGGACCGGGGACUCAGCUGUCUCCUCCUUGCCUGCCCUUCCGGGGCUCCCCCACCCCCACGCCCCUGCGUUCCCAGCCCACCACUCCCCAAGAUCUGUGCAAAACCCCAGCCCAACCCAUGGUGCUGUCUUUCUCCCAACCAAAGACCUCACUUGGGGACUCUGCUCCCGGCCUGGGGCCAGGUCUGUGCCCCCCCACCCCGGCCUGGGCCUUGCUGGGCUCCUGGAGGUUAGGGGUGGGGUCUCCAGUUGGAGUGGGCUCCAGGCUAUCAGGACACGGUGGCCGUGGGGAACACGGAGCAGGAAAGAGGACCCACAGUCCUUGAUUGGGCAGUGCUAAGGGGGGCUCCAUUUGCCCACUGGGCUGUCAGCACUGGGGACCCAAUUCUGGUGUGGCCGUUUUACCAAAAGUGGUCCCUCCACUGAGCCCCCCAUACCCUGGCUUUUAGGGUGGCACUAUGUCUCCCCAGGCUAAGCUGACACAGUCCUGCCACUCUGUGCUCCCAUCUCUCCCUGGUCCCCAGCACCCAGCACCCCACUGUGCAGCUGGGCCAGUCUUUGUCCCCACCCCAGGGGCCCCCACACCACGGGUCUUGGCCAGGACCCACAUGUAUUGGGGUUUUGGGGGGAGAUAUUUCCAGUGAGAAAAGGAGGAGGGAAACUUGGAUAACAGCCGUUGUGGUUUUAUUGUGUCUCGUGAAUCCAUCAAUAAAUGAACAUCAAGCCAGAGCCUGUGGAUUGGUGACUCCUGCUCAGCCCAGUUCUGCCCUGUCCUGGGGAGAAGGGCCCGGCUGGGAUCUCCUGGCGGUCGCGUCACCCAUGCUGGGUGCACGGUAGAAGCCCAGAAUGGCACAGAGAGGUGGUUAUAAGCUCC